UAUUCUGAAACAAAAAAUCAAACCUUUCUGACGGUUGGGCUUUUAUUUGAACUUUUUUUUUGUCUACAAAACAUUUAAAAAAUGCGAGUCUCCUUACCCCGCUUGGUGAACUUAACUUCAAAACUGAAGGAGUUGCGAAUUGUCCUUGACCCCUCCGGAGAUACCUCUAAGGGCGCAAGGGAUUUCGUUCAGAAAUUUUAUCCAAAUCUGAAGAAGGACAAUCCCAAUCUUCCAAUCCUGGUGCGCGAAUGUUCCGGAAUUCAACCCAGGUUGUAUGCCCGCUACGAAAAUGGAAAGGAGAUUUCGUUGCCACUCACAAACCAAGCUGCUCCCGACAUCCAGAAGAACGUGGAAGCGGUGGGCAAGUAGCUUUCCACGAUUUAAAAUUUAUUUUUUAAAAGCAACUGAAAUUCAAGCGAAAUAAAAGACAAAAAUAUACCAUCCGCACAAA